UCGCGAGGGAUUGGCUGCAGUCCUGCAGGCCGCACACCGACAGAGAGAGAGAGAGCACUGGAGGAGUUCAAUCGAUUCUGAAUCAACAGCAUGGGCAAAGUGCACUUUUAUGCCAUCUGGUCUUUACGUGAAGCCCCUCGACAGUUUAUACGAAAUGUCAACCGUAAGACGUACCAGGUUCAGAUGCCGUUACCUUUACCGAAGCAGCUGAUAGUGUUUGGUUUAGGGGAAUGGUCAUCCUUCUCCAGUGAUACGGCGAUCUCUGUGGAGGUUCUGCUGGGUCCAGAGGUCAAGUCACAGGUCAUCGGGACUCUUUCACCUCACUCCAGGUGUCUGAUCUGGCAAGGAGCUUGGACUCCUGAGCUUCUCACUGAAGCCACACAAAGAGGCAGGAGAGGAGUUUACGCCAAAGUCAUGCUCAGCAUCCGUGGACAGGUGAGAUCCAGCUUUAUCAGCAGCACUCCACGAAUAACAAGGAAACGUCUAGCACUGAACCACUCCUCCAAUCCGUCCAGCACCCUUCUCAGCAGCGGAGAGAGUCAUGAUAGAUCUCCUCCCGAGGGAAGCGUCAGCUGUGCGGAGCUGGGCAAAAGUAAAAUGGAGACACGAGAAAACACUCUGCUUCAAGGUGUGUGGCCGAUGGACAAAACUCCAAGACGCUCCAUUAUAGGAAUGAAAGGAUAUGUCUGGAGUUCUGAAGAUCCAGAAAGCCCUCAGGAUCCAAACCGAGUUUCAAGCAUAAAGAAGCGCAAACUGCGUAAAAUGUCUGCAGUAGAUUUAGAGGACGAGAUGGCCGGCAAACGUGUGAAGAGCUGCAGGGCUGACUGUCCAUCACAGCGCUGGAGCCACGCCAUGUGUUUGAGUGAUCCUGAAACAGCCAUUCUGAUUGGUGGGGAGGCUGAUGACCAGGCCAGUUGUAAAGAUUCUAUAUGGAAACUGGAGAUCGAUAAUGAUUUCUGGUUCCCCAUGGACGUCUCAUCGCCGGAGGUCAGUCCACCAAGCUCAAAUGGUCAAUCAGCAACCUUUGAUCCUGAGUCUAAAGCCGUCUAUGUGUACGGUGGUCUGAGAGAUGGCCAGCAAUACAGUGAUAUUUAUAUACUGGACACUAUAACAUGGAAGUGGAAGCUUGUUUCUGCAAAGGGAAAUAUACCGUCAGUGGCGUACCACAGUGCCACAGUCUAUAAAAAGGAGCUGUAUGUAUUUGGAGGGGUGCAGCCCAGCCGAUGUCCUGAAGGCAAGGCUUGCAGUAACACGCUGUAUAUUUUCAACCCUGAACAUGGUCUGUGGUAUCAACCGAUCGUGGAGGGUGACCGUCCUCUGCCCAGGUUUGGGCACUCCACCACGCUGUUGUCAAACAAGAUGAUCAUUUUUGGUGGGAGAAAAACUGCCACCUACCUCAAUGAUCUUCACAUCUUGGAUCUUGGCUUCAUGGAAUACACUGCUGUAAAGUAUGAGAACAUGCCACCAUUGGCCCGUGGGUUUCACGCUGCUCUACCCGUGUCUGACAACAGGGUGCUGAUCAGCGGAGGCUGCAGUGCUGUAGGAGCCCUACAGGACCUCCAUCUCUUUAACAUAGAUACCAGCUCCUGGUCAUCAGUGGUGUCUCCAUUGCUUUGCUCCAAGCCUCGCGCAGGCCACAGUCUGAUAAGCCUGGGCUCUACAAAGCCUUUAUCUUCAGACCCGAGGGAUGCGAGGGAUCGCCAUCGUAGCAAGAGCCUCUCUCUCCAGUGCGCCAUCCUAGUAUUUGGAGGGUCAGAUUGUUCAGGAACGUUUUAUAAUGACACUGAUAAAUGCACGGUUGAACUCCCUGUUUAGGAUCAGGGACUACAGGAUCUUUUUUCUUAGAAAUGAAUGUAUGGUACUAACAGAAACGUCAUAGAAAAAAUUGGAACUUGAGAAACUUUUAACUUUUUUUUUUUUUUUUUAACGUUGCAUUGUUGCAGUUUUAGCAUGAACAGCUGUUUUACAGCUACCGUUUUUAUAUUGAUUUCCUUAAGCAAGCAAAGCCUUCCCUCUCUCCCAUGUGUAGUUCAGAUUUGUAUUUAGUACAUUCAGACAUGUAUUUUUGUGCAAUAAAUGUUUUCUUAUUUUGCACGCACUUAACACGUUUUCACGUUUGUAUUUUUGUCCACUUUGUAUGUUUCACAUUGCACUCACACAUUUUCCUUUGUCACUGGCAUGUACAGCUCAACUCUUGUUCAUAGA